AUGGGCUUGGAGGAUUUCGAGAAAGAGCUUGCAGCGAGCAAGAGCAAAGAAGACCGGAAGAAGCGGGACAGAAGUCGCAGUCGCGACCGGCACCACCGCUCAAGCAAACACCACACGUCACGCCAUCACCGCGACGAUCGAGAUCGAGACGGACAUCACAGAGAAAAACGAUCGCGACACCACCGAGAGACUUCUGAAGAGCGUUCACGGCGCAAGCGUAAAGAGAGAGAGCGCGACGACAAGUACGACGACCAAUCACGCCAAAAGCGCAAGGACAGGCGCAGUCGGUCACCUUCGAGUGGAGAUGAGGACCGCCUGACGCGAAAACGCAAGUCGCGUCAGUAUGAUGAGGACGAAUCCUCUGACGACGAUGCGCCGCAAGAAAAGGACUAUGCGCCCCACGACGAUGAGCUGCUCGACGAGCAACUGGAGGAGGCAGCGAGCGCUAACGUUCAGCGAGACGAUUGGAUGCAAGCACCGUCAUCUAUGGACGUGGACUACGUGCAGAGAAAGAAGAGAGAGGAGAAGACGACAUACGUCGCGGCGUCUGCAGAGAAGCAGCACGCCCUCAAGAUUCACAAAGCAGAACUGAACCACCACCUUGCCGAUUUGAAAGAAGACAAAGUGAAAACAGCACAGGAACCAGCGCAACGAGAGGUUGACUACACGUUCGGCGACUCAGGGUCACAAUGGCGCAUGACAAAGCUAAAGGGCAUCUACAGGGCAGCUGAAGAGACGGGACGAAGUGUCGAAGAUGUGGCUCUGGAGAAAUACGGCGAUCUGCGCGAUUUCGACGAAGCACGGGAGGAAGAGACCGAGCUCGACAGGAGGAACAUGUAUGGCAAUGACUACGUCGGGAAGGAAAAACCAUCUGGAGAGCUGUAUGAAGAACGCAGGUUGAAAGCUGGCCUUCACCGUGCUACACGAGAAGAUCACGAAAUGGCAGACCUACCACAGGGCGAAAUCAUACCGGACGCAAGGCCCACUACAAACACAGUCGCGCUUAGCCAGACAGAGUUGAACAAGCUCAAAGCCCAGAUGAUGAAGGCAAAGAUGAAGAAGUCUCCAGAAGCAGCACGACUCGAGGCGGAAUACAACGCAGCGAUUGCGGGCUCUGCAGGCAGUACAGAUCGUGAUGUAGUGGUUCUAAACGCCAUGGAUAACCGCAUGCUUGCUGGAGGACGUCAGGGCGAGGUCAUCUCGCUAGAGAACAAGCGAGGCGUUGAGCGUGGGUUGGUCAAGGAGAACGAGGACAUGAGCAUAGAAGACAUGGUUCGGCAGGAGCGACGCACGAAAGGCCAGAACGAGGGUCUUAUUCUUGCCGAGAAGAUUGGCAAGGAUGUCAAGUUCGAUAACGACCUCGAUUACAUGGACGAGAAUGCAACAAGACUCGCUGCCCGCGCCCCCAAGUCAUCCAUCAACCUCCGCAACCAGGCCAUUCAGGACUACCAGAAGACAAAUCGUAUCCUCGAUUCCUGUCCACUCUGCCACCACGAAGACAAAUCGCCGCCUCAACCUCCUGUCGCCCCCGUCAUCUCUCUUGGCACACGCGCUUUUCUCACUCUCCCUACGGAGCCUGAGGUCAGUGACGGUGGCGCGGUCAUAGUGCCUAUCCAGCACCGCACCAAUCUACUGGAAUGCGACGACGAUGAAUGGGAAGAGAUUCGCAAUUUCAUGAAGUCCCUCACCCGCAUGUACCACGAUCAAGGCCGUGACGUCCUUUUCUACGAGAACGCUGCCAACCCUGGGCGUAAGCUACAUGCUGCCAUGAACGCAGUACCCAUCCCGUUCGAGCUCGGCGAUACGGCUCCCGCGUUUUUCCGUGAAGCCAUCCUCACCUCGGACAACGAAUGGAGCCAGCACAAGCCUAUCAUCGACACCCUCAAGGCCUCACGGUCAGGGCUGGGUAAGCAGGCCUUCCGCAGAAGCUUGGCGAAAGAGAUGCCUUACUUCCACGUGUGGUUUGAGCUGGAUGGAGGCAUGGGUCACAUCGUGGAGGACGAGCGCAGAUGGCCACGUGCCGACCUCUUCGCGCGAGAGGUUCUCGGAGGAAUGUUGGAUGUGGGAAUCGAGAUCCAGAAGAGACAGGGACGAUGGGUCAAGGGUGAUCGUAGGCCAGAGAAAUGGAAGAAGGGGUGGAGGAAGUUUGACUGGACUCGAGUGCUUACUGAAGGGUAG